UUAGAAUAGAAAACGCACUUUCCGAAACAAAUAACUCGGGUUAAGUCAUUUAGGAAAUGGACAAAAUAAGAAAAAAAGCUUCAGCCUAAAAACUCAUUAAAUGCAGAUACUGUUAUAAAACAAGGACCCAGGAAAUUAUACAUUGAAACAAAUUAGCUAUAUUUCCCAAAAGCCGUUAGGUUCGGGAUAUAACGGAAGCACUCAAGGUCCGGGAAGUAAGCUGUUUUAGAAUCCCCGCAUUCACCUUUACAGGAAACCAUGCAAAGGAAAGACAGUUAGCAGUGAAAGCAGUCCAAUCACCAUAAGUGCCAGCAAUUGCAAUUGCACUCGCAAUUAAAAAUUAAAUGCGUGCGCGUACAAAGCAACAAAGCCAAUGUCCAAACAAUCUGCAAGUGCAAGUGCCGCGCUGCUGCUGCUCAUUUGGCUUACAUGGCUAACGAUGCACUGCAUCGCGCUGGACUGGCAGCAGGUUAAGCCGAUGUACUUGGUGUCCAUGUACCCAGGCCCCAUGGGCCUCUCAACCUCCUCGUCCUCCCCAUUUUCUUCCUCCUCAUCCUCGUCCGGUUCCCUGGAACACGAUGCGGAAAUGAGUGCCAGCAACGUAGACAGUCGCCACAUGAAGGGAAUGGGCUUGGGUAUGGAUGUUGGUGGUUUUAGCGAAGAGGAUCUGGAGGAUCGGGAACCACUCGUCCUUAAUCUGGAGACAACGCCGCUGCUGGAGAAGAUGCUGCCAGAGGGCGCUAUGGCCAUGGAUCGCAUCUUCGGCGGUGAUGUGGGUAAUCCCCACUGCUUUCCCUAUCAGGUUGGCAUGCUGCUCCAAAGACCCAAGGGCCUGUACUGGUGUGGCGGCUCUCUAAUCUCAGAAAAGCAUGUCCUCACCGCAGCCCACUGUGUGGACAUGGCUAAGAGGGCUUUGGUUUUCCUGGGCGCCAAUGAGAUCAAGAAUGCCAAGGAGAAGGGCCAAGUGCGUCUGAUGGUGCCUAGCGAGAACUUCCACAUCUACCCCACCUGGAAUCCAAAGAGGUUAAAGGAUGACAUAGCCCUGGUCAGACUUCCUCAUGCAGUUAGCUUUAAUGAACGCAUCCAUCCUAUCCAACUACCGAAAAGGCACUACGAGUAUCGCAGUUUCAAAAACAAACUAGCAAUCGCCUCCGGCUGGGGUCGUUACGCCACCGGAGUCCAUGCGAUCAGUAAUGUGCUACGCUACGUCCAGCUCCAGAUAAUCGAUGGACGGACCUGCAAGUCUAAUUUUCCACUGUCAUAUCGAGGUACAAAUAUAUGCACCAGUGGCAGGAAUGCUCGAUCCACAUGCAAUGGAGACUCGGGAGGACCUUUGGUCCUUCAAAGAAGGCACUCAAAGAAAAGAGUCCUCGUGGGAAUCACUUCCUUUGGCAGCAUCUACGGCUGCGAUCGUGGCUACCCUGCGGCCUUUACCAAAGUAGCUUCAUAUUUGGAUUGGAUCAGUGAUGAAACUGGAGUCAGUUCCCAUCAGGAUACAACGGAAGCGAUAUUCUUCGACCAGUAUGUAAGGGAUUAUGGAAAACCACGACAAAGUCGCCGGUUAGAGACGGAGGAGCAGCCGGAAGACGAUGUGCCCGAUGAAUUAGAUGUCCAUCCAAGACCCAUUUCCGAUGAGGACAUCUCCGAGGAUGUCCGACCGCGAGCCCGGUCCCGCCCACACUCCGAACAUGAGUUCUAUUUCUUAUAAUCCAAAA